AUGAUAUCUAGAAUCGUUUCGAGAAGAGGUUUUUGCAAGAGAGGCCUGAGCCAUGGAGUUCUUUUUGGAAAAGGUAAAGAACAACUAGGCUCCCGGACUUUUCUUUUCAAACGGUUGAAUAUUAGGAAUCCCCAUAGGUAUAUGUCCUCUUCUUUCAUUACGAGACAAUCGAUGGAGAUUCCUCUUGAAAAGAUGUCUACUGAGCAAGUAGAAAUGUUAACAGAGGAACGAGCUGUAGAUAAAGUCGACGUUUGUAUUGUGGGAGGUGGUCCUGCAGGUCUUGCGACGGCUAUAAGAUUAAAACAGUUGGAUAAUGAAAAUGGCAGCGGUGAACUUAGAGUUGUUAUUCUUGAGAAGGCCCCAGAUAUGGGUUCUCAUAUGGUGUCUGGUGUGAUUUUGGAGCCUCGAGCUCUGAGAGAGCUUUUUCCAGAAAGUGAAUUUUAUGAUGAAAACGGCGCUGGUAUUCCUCUUCCGCCUGAUUUGGUCUCCAAAGUGGAAAUAGAAGAAUUGAAAUACCUCAUCGGUGACUAUGCAAUUCCUGUUCCCGAGCCUCCCCAAAUGAUAAAUGAAGGGAAGAACUAUAUUGCUUCUUUAAGUCAAGUCGUAAGGUAUCUGUCAGAAAAAGCAGAAGAUAUUGGCGUAGAAAUAUAUCCCGGUAUAUCGGUCUCAGAAGUUCUCUACAACGAAGAUGGGAAAUCUGUGAAGGGCGUAGCCACAAAAGAUCUCGGAAUCGCCAAAAAUGGACUUCCAAAGGAUAAUUUUGAGAGAGGUAUGGAGUUCCACGCUAGGCAAACUGUGUUCGCAGAGGGAUGUCAUGGAUCGCUUACGAAACAAUUGAUCAAAAAAUUUGAUCUCAGAAGAGGGAAGAAUAAUCAAACGUAUGGCCUCGGCAUAAAAGAAGUUUGGGAGGUUCAACCUGAUAAAUUCAAAAAGGGCUUUGCUGCUCACACAAUGGGGUAUCCAUUGACUAACGAUGUUUAUGGGGGUGGUUUCAUUUACCACUUCGGUGAUGGACUAGUAACUGUUGGACUUGUAGUUGGUUUAGAUUAUAGAAACCCAUAUGUUUCUCCAUAUCAGGAGUUUCAGAAAAUGAAACAUCAUCCAUACUACGAAAACGUGCUAAGCGGUGGUAAAUGCAUCGCAUAUGCCGCUCGUGCCUUAAAUGAAGGCGGUUUACAGUCGAUCCCCAAGCUACACUUCCCCGGUGGUCUCUUGGUCGGUGCAUCGGCAGGAUUCAUGAACGUGCCAAAGAUCAAAGGAACUCAUACGGCAAUGAAGACGGGUAUGCUAGCUGCUGAAGAGAUGUUUCAAUGUAUUUCAUUAAUGCCAACAUUAGCAGAGCUUGAAGAGCAAGACAUCGAGCAUAUUGUUGAAACCCCAAUUGAUUUGGAAUCAUAUGAAAAUGCGUUCAAGCAAUCUUGGGUUUAUGAUGAGUUGUAUGAAGUUCGUAAUAUUAGACCAUCUUUCAGUCACCCUCUACUUGGUCGCUUAGGAGGAAUGGUUUAUUCUGGAUUGGAUUCUUUAGUUUUGAAGGGACAAGUCGCGUGGACAUUUAACCAUCAUGAAUCUGAUGCAAAACUAACGGAAGAAGCACAAAACUUCAAACCAAUCGAAUACCCAAAACCUGAUGGCAAAAUUUCGUUCGAUAUUCUGACCUCUGUAGCAAGAACGGGUACUUAUCAUGAUGAAAACGAGAAAUGCCAUCUACGGGUUCCCCAGCAAGAUCUAGAAAAGCAUGCGAAGAUUGCAUAUCCUAAAUGGAAAGGAGUCGAAGCUCGAUUCUGCCCAGCUGGCGUAUAUGAAUAUGUUGAGGAGGAAAAAUCACCUGUUGGGGUGAAGUUCCAAAUCAACGGCCAAAACUGCAUUCAUUGCAAGACCUGCGACAUAAAAGUUCCUACUCAAGAUAUAGAUUGGGUAGUUCCCGAAGGCGGUGACGGGCCUAAAUAUACGUUAACUUAA